GUCGGUCAUGGCCAUUGUUGGGAUCGGAAGGGGAAGUGGGUUCGCCAGCCUGGUGCACAGUUUCACUGGGUGUGUAUAUGGCUCAAAGUUACCGAGCGCAAGAUGGCUCUCGAGGAAGGCAAAAUUAGUCAACUUAUACCUGAUUAUUGAUCAAAGCUUGCAAAUUUCUGGAUAUUUUCGAAUACUACGGAGCUUAAAGAAAGUGAGUGUCAAUGUUUUAAAUAUAUAUAUUUAAAAUUUAAGAAGGCAUUCUUUGUAGGAUGACAAACCAUUCCAAGUUAACAUACCGCCUAACACACUGUUACAAACUUGCUAAGCACCAAGGUUUCAACCUCUCCACUUUAGCAGCUUCUCUUCUACGUUCACAAGAACCAUCCUUUCCACGCCGUCCGCUCCGCACCAUAAAGCGCAAGUUCGCCUACCUCUUGCAAAUACCCGUUUCAGACAACCCAAUACUGUAUUAUAAUACAAUCCAUGGCCAAAUUGUUGUUUCGGGAUUCGGAAAUGAUGUGUUUCUUGCCAACAUCCUCUUGCGUUGGCACUCGAAAUCUGGUCGUCUGCGUGACGCACGGAUGUUGUUCGAUAACAUGCCAGAGAGGAACUUAAUUACUUGGUCUUCAAUGGUAUCUAUGUACAGCCAACAUGAUUGUAAUGAAGAGGCCUUGAUGGUGUUCUUGGGACUUCUGAGAAGUUCUGACGAGAAUCCAAAUGAGUAUGUUUUAGCUAGUGCUAUUCGCUCUUGUACGCAAUUAGGUGCACUUGAUCAAGGUGUCCAGGUGCAUGGUUUUGUAAUUAAGACAGGAUAUUUUCAAGAUGUCUAUGUGGGUACCACGCUGAUUGAUUUUUAUGCAAAGAAUUACCAUAUGGAUGAAGCAACAUUGGUUUUCGAUGGUUUGACAGAGAAAACUGCGGUUACUUGGACUACAAUCAUAGUGGGGUAUGUGAAAAGUGGAAGAAGUGAAGUUUCGUUGCAGUUGUUUAACCAAAUGAGAGAAACUGAUGUUGUUCCUGAUAAAUAUGUGCUGUCUAGUGUUUUGAGUGCUUGUUCGGCGCUUGAGUUUCUUGAAGGAGGAAAACAAAUUCAUGCUUACGUGUUGAGGAGGGCAAUGAAGAUGGAUGUUUCAGUGACCAAUGUGCUUAUAGAUUUAUAUGCAAAAUGUGGUAAAGUACAUACGGCACGCAAAAUAUUUGAUAAGGUGGUGGUCAAGAACAUAAUAUCAUGGACCACAAUGAUCGCAGGGUACAUGCAAAAUUCAUUCAACUUGGAGGCUAUGAAGUUAUUUGCUGAAAUGGCCCGACUGGGUUGGAAGCCUGAUGGAUUUGCUUGCACUAGUAUUCUCACAUCGUGUGGUUCACUCGAGGCUUUAGAAAAUGGGAGACAAGUGCAUGCUUACACUAUCAAGGCAAACCUUGAGUAUGAUGAUUUUGUAAAAAAUGGUUUGAUUGAUAUGUAUGCAAAGUGCAGUUCAUUAACAGAUGCUAAAAGAGUUUUUGAUGCUAUGGCUGAUCAUAAUGUGGUCUCUUACAAUGCAAUGAUUGAAGGAUACUCGAGAGAAGAGAAGCUGAAUGAAGCAUUGGAUCUUUUCCAUCAGAUGAGGUGUAGAUUAUUCCCGCCUAGUCUCUUGACAUUUGUUAGCCUUCUUGGUGUAUCAACUACUUUAUUUACCUUAGAAUUGAGUAAGCAAAUUCACAGCCUGAUCAUCAAAUAUGGGGCAUCUCUGGAUGUAUUUGCUGGGAGUGCUUUGAUAGAUGUGUAUUCCAAAUGUUCGUGUAUAAGGGAUGCAAGGUUUGUCUUUGAGGAGAUAACUGAAAGAGAUAUUGUUGUAUGGAAUGCAAUGUUUUGUGGAUAUACUCAACAGUUGGAAAAUGAAGAGGCUCUCAAGCUCUACUCGGAAUUACAGUUAUCAAGACAAAGACCUAAUGAAUUCACUUUUGCUGCCUUGAUCACCGCAGCCAGUAACCUAGCAAGUCUCCAGCAUGGUCAACAGUUCCAUAACCAGGUCAUAAAGGUAGGAGUAGACUCAGAGCCUUUUGUUACAAAUUCCCUUGUGGAUAUGUAUGCCAAAUGUGGAAGCAUGGAAGAGGCAUGGAAAACUUUUAAUUCCACAGUUUGGAGAGAUGUUGUGUGCUGGAACUCCAUGAUCUCAGCUUAUUCGCACCACGGGGAAGUAGAUGAAGCUCUUCAGGUGUUUGAAAGGAUGAUAAAGGAGGGAAUAAGACCCAACUAUGUAACAUUUGUGGGUGUGCUCUCGGCGUGUAGUCAUGCUGGGCUUGUAGAAGAUGGACUUCGUCAUUUUGAAUCAAUGGUUGAUUUUGGAAUUGAACCCGGGACAGAACAUUAUGCUUGCAUAGUUUCUCUUUUGGGCCGAGCAGGCAAACUCUUUGAAGCAAAGGAAUUUAUUGAGAAAAUGCCAAUAAAACCAGCAGCAGUAGUAUGGAGGAGCUUGCUCAGUGCAUGUAGAGUUGCUGGUAACGUUGAUAUGGGGAGAUAUGCAGCAGAGAUGGCAAUUUCAAUUGAUCCAACGGAUAGUGGAUCAUAUAUUUUACUUUCCAAUAUUUUUGCAUCUAAAGAUAUGUGGGUAGAUGUCAAAAGGCUAAGGGAGAGAAUGGACUUUAAUGGGGUUGUAAAAGAACCUGGAAGCAGCUGGAUAGAAUUGAAUAAGGAUGUUUAUACAUUUAUUGCAAAAGACACAUCUCAUGCUGAGGCCGAUCUUAUAUACUCAGUUUUGGACAAUAUAAUUCUGCAGAUCAAAGGGAUUGGUUAUGUGCCUGACUCUACUAUGCUUUUCAUGAAUGAUUGAUGAGAAACAUGGUGGUAACAAUACCACAUAAACCUGAGCUUUGAUCUGCUGACCAUUCUGGAAUGAGUUCUUCAUCAUGCAACUUAUGUGGAAAUUGAACCAUCCUAGUGGAACUCAGAUUUGUCACAGAUAGCAUACGGGUUGUGCAUUUUUAUUUUUUUUUUCCAUAUGAGGGCCACCACUAUCAUAUGCUAGCAUGGAUGCCAUUAUCUGGUCUGGCUUCCUUGCUGUUGAUGGUUUGUAUCUGCAAUUGUAUAAACGAAAUCCCUUGAUGAGUAAACUCUAACUAGGUUUUUCCCCUUCAUGCUUGCAUUGUGGAUGCUUGCUCAUUGAGACAGCUUCUCUCUCUCUCUCUCUCUCUCUCUCUCUCUCUUAUUUUAAUUUUGAUUGGCAGUUGUUGGAUCUCCCUGCAAUUAUUGAGGGUGGCAAGGGUGGAAAAGGUAGAAGAAACGAAGGCAGUACAUGUACUAUGGAGCCAUGCUUCUAGACCCAGGUUGUGGAAUGGAUUCAGAAUGUCACGAAAUGGCUAUGAAAGAUUACAUAUAUUGUUUCUAGAAGGAUACUGUAGGAACAUGUGCUUGAGGAUGAGGAUGUUGUUCAGAUAAUAAAAAAAGGUGUAAUUGCAGAAGCUAGGAUCCUUUUAAAAGUCAAUUUGGAAGCAACUGACAGGAUUUUCCAGCAGUAAGGCUCUUGCUACGAGAUUUAUCUUCAGUUUCCCAAGCUUUGAUAGACCUAAAACAUUCCCUGUCAUCUGCUUUUUCUUAGCUGAUUAGGUAGAGCAGCGGAGAGCUUUGAUAUGUAAUUAGGCUUUUUGGUGAUCAAGGAUUCAAGCUUCCUUUUAGUAUUCUGUUGACUGCUCUGUUGUAUAACACCGCACAUAAAAUCUAUUAUGAAAGGGGAAGGUGUGAAUUACAACCAGAAAUACGUAUACUAGAACCUGUUGUCACAUGCGCUUUCAAUAUUGAUUCAUUUCUAACUCUUGUUAUAGGAUUUAAUUUCACAAUCUUCUACCAAACUGAAAUGUCAUUUGAGAGCAUGGAUUGAAUUGCAUGAAGCUUGAUUCUCUUUACUUGAACAUCCCAUUGUCUAAAACUGCCAUACUUAUCAAGAAUUGUGUUUUUUUCCAGACCCGAUGAAGAAAUGGAAUCACUUCUUAUGGACUCGCAUUGAAUUCUAAAACAGAAGGCGCUAAGGAACAAACAUGUUUUCGUUAUCAUCAUGAAGCAAGGAACAUCAUUCCUAUCCGAUAAAACGGCGAUGGAAAGAGCUCAGAGAAACCAUUAUACAGGCAAAAGAAACCAGUCUUCCAAUGCAAUAUCAUUACAUUGAAAUCAUCUAAAUAACAUUCCCUCAAGUAUCAGGCUUUAACGCAACAGUUGAAGUAGCUGAGAAAGCUCCUCCUUGUCUGUAAAAGAAAGUCAAACAAUUAGCAUUGGAUUUCAUCAACCAUAAAUUUUGAAAUAAAAAACCUAAAUCAUUUUCCUACU